AUGAUGUUUAAAGGGUUAUGCACAUUGCCAUUUCUUGUUACAUUGGUAAGGGCUGCAGUUACUGCUAUCUCCACCGCCACAACAAUCACAGCUGCAACACUCCUUCAAUCGAGUACUGACUCUUACUUGAUUGAAACAGGUGGAGUCUUGGAAUUCACCAAUGCUGCAGAUGUGCGGUUUCAGCGUGGCUUCAAUGUUUAUGGUGAUGUCAUUUUGCACUCUCAACAACAGACACUACUUGCGAUUUAUAGCAGCACUUUCGAGGAUGGGUCAUCCCUCAAGUACGAUGCCACGGGAACAGGAAUGGUAUCUUUCUUUAGUGCAGGUGGAAUGAAUAACCAUGGUGAUAUUCUUGUGACUUCCCAGGAUGCAUUCAUAGAUGCUACAAUCUCUGGGUUUGGUGAUAUAAUAACGAACACGGGAAGUAUAGUAAUUCACUCAUUUGGUGCAGUAAAUGGUUACUUUUCUGCUAAUAUCAACAACACAGGAAUUUUCACUGUCAUGGGUGAAAAGAGUGCAUCAUUUGGCAUCCAUGGUCCCAUCACUAAUACUGGAACAAUGACUUUCUACGGUAAUUCUACUUCAGAUUCAAUCUAUUGGGGCUCAACCUUUACUAAUAGUGGAACUUUUCUCUGGCAAUACAACGAAUAUGCCUCAGGAUCAUCACACGCUCUUGAGCACGUACAGCCAGUGACCAACACCGGUACUAUUAACGUCUUUGGUUCUGCUGGUACCUCACCUUUGAUAUAUUACUCUCCAUUGCAAAAUGAUGGAUCAAUUUGCCUCAGACAUACAGGCUAUAGUUCAACUAGCUCUUUGACAGGAACUGGGUGUUUUUUGGCAUACGAUUCAUCCGCUCUUACCUUUAAUUAUGCUUCGGGAAUUCCUGAAACGCAGAACAUUGUUAUUGACUCCACAUCGCAUAUUUACAUCUCUUCAAUGAGUUCAAAUGGAGCUGUGUAUCCGCUUUAUGGAGUUAGUAACGGUAUGACGUUUCUCACUUAUACUGGCUAUCUUCCAAUUUCGGUAAGUUACGAUGAUACCCAAGGAUAUUUGACAUUAUUAGCAAGUUCAAGUUUAUUUGUUGUAUACGAUAUUGGCUAUGGAUACAGUCUGGAUGGAUUUUCUGUUACAGAUAAUGAGGUUACAUAUUUGGGUUCGGAUCCGGAAAGCCGUGGCAUACCUACCUUCUGUGUUUGCUCUUCAAGAAUUUCAGCCUGGGAAAGAUCUGAGUCUUCGAGUGUUUCUUCAUUAUCUCUGGUAGGAGACUCCUCUUCACUUGAAGAAUCAUCGUCGACUGUUGAAGUGACCUCAACUCUUGAAGAGCACUCCUCGAGUACUGCAGUCAUAUCUUCUUCGCUUGAGUUGUCUUCCUCUCUUAAUCUGUCACCAUUGGGUGAAUCUUCAUCUAGUGCACCAUUCUCUGAUCAUUCAAGCAGUUAUUCAGAUACAUCUUCCAUUAGUACAUCAAGCUUUGAAGUCUCGCAAAGCGAGUCGGCCACACACAUUAGCUUACAAUCAUCAACAGUGGAUGUUUCUCAGGGCUCCUCGGUAUACCUAAGCGAAUCCUCAGACCACAGCACUAUAAUAACUAGAACUUCUUCCGAGGUUCUUUCCAGCUUUUCAGGAUCGUUUUCCACCUUUGUACCUACCUCCUCAGCUGGUUAUUGGAACAAUACAUUGAAGAGCAUCUCGUCAUUGUCUUCUUCUAUCAUAGAAUAUGAAUCCAGCUCGCAUGACAUCAUUAUUUGUCGGCCUGGUGAGGAAGGUUGUAUUCUCGCAAGCUACACAAACACUGAAGCGGACUCUUCAACUUCUACCUCCUUGACUGGCACGCUUUAUACUGAUAAGGAGGCUACAAAUUCAAACCACUUGGCAAUUGCAACCAUUUGUCCAGAAUGCACGCGGUACUUGUCCACAUGGACAACCACUAUUACUGCUGGGGUGACUACAACUGUAUGUGGUGAAGUUGUUGUAACAUCGGAUACUCAAGGCAGUUUGAUUACUUCACUAUUUCCAAGUAAUCAGAAUGAAAAGACUGUGACAUUUUCGACCACUGACCAUUCGGGUCUGACAAUCACGGUAUGUGGAAUAGAAAAGCUUACAACGAACACAUCAGGAGAUGUACAGAUCGCCACUCUUUCAAUUUCAAAAUUGACCGAAGGUUCAGGAAUCAAAGCUUGGACAGAAACAUUAACAUCCAUGAAAUCACAGAAUGUUUUGAUUUCUACGAUUGGUUCUCCUGCUAAGCGGAUAACUUAUACUACGAGUUCUGAGACAGUACCUGCUGUUUUUCAGUCAGUUAUUCCCGGGGAUGCAUCCUCAGUUGGAGCUGCAUCGCCCCUCCUUCUUGGAUUGAUUUCUUUUAUUUUAUUCUAA